AUGGAUAUAUCCAAAUACAAGACAAUAACGUUCACAAAGCUUGUGUGUUUGAAAGCAGAGUUAUUCCGGAAACAAGAGGCACUCGGCAAAGAACGACUUCAAGAGAACUCUACUACAGUCAAGGCUAAACCUGUUCCUAAGAAAGCAAGUAUCUGGACCAAGAAGAAUGACGGAGUUCAGUCCCGAGCUGAGAAGGAUAAAGUCCUUACAGCAGAAGAAGAAAAUGCAUUGGAUAAAUCAAGAUCAGCCUUGGUAUCCAUCUUUUUCGGAUUCAGCACCCCCAAAUUAGUUAAAUCAGGGGACGAUGUUGCAGAUCACUUCCUGGUGGACUAUGAGAAGAAGGCCAUCAGUGACAUGAAGGAGAAGAGAAGACCCGAGGAGGAGGAAGAGGAGGCAGCAAGGGCGGGGCCAGAGUAUGAGAUGGGGGCUACGGAUGUACCUGGCCCAGUCGACCCUCAAGACCAAUGAAUGGAUUUUGUGGACACCUUAGGACGAUCCAGACGCUGUAUGAAGAAAGAUCUUCCUGAGCUCAUCAACAUUGAUAAACGUCUUAAUCCUCAGGCAUUUAGGGAGAAGGACGACAAAGAGAAAGCUAUGAAGCAAGAAACACUGCCAGAUCUUCUCUUUGGUGACAUGCAUCGGAAGAUGAUGAGGAAGAAAUGGGAGGCUGAGGAGGAAGAAAUGAGGAGCCGAGGUCCUGGGCCUCUUCACUACCAGAACCUCAAGUUUGAUGAGGUGAGAGAGAUGGGUGUCGGCUGCUUUGACUUCUCAAAAGAUGAGGGAGAGAGACAGAGUCAGAUGGAGAUGUUGAGUCAUCUUAGAGACGAGAAGAGUCGCAAUGGGACAGGGUGAAGAAGCAAGUACAUGAAGAGCGCCCUCAAGAGUUUGCUCCUCCACAGCAGUACAACUGGAU